UUGCAAGUAAAUAAUAAACAUUACGAAGCGGUUGUUAAAACUAUUAAAACUAGAAGAAGAAAACGUAUUCCGGUAUUGUUUUGGUUUUAUAUAAAAAUUGUUCGUUCAUGUAUUACUGCUACAAUUUAUGAAUGAGCAGCAGAUAAAGUUUGUGAAAAGAAAAAUUAAAUAAAAUGUGAGAUGGAGAAAAAAUAACAUAUUUUUGUUACGAUUUAAGUGUUAAAUAAAUCUUUUUGUAAACAGUGUUAUUUUGGUGGAACAAAUAAAAAUUCCUGAGAAAACAAAUUUAAUGUUUUGUGUUUUUUAUGUGUGUCUAAUUAAAUUAUUAAAUGUGGUCAAUAUAAAUUGACAAAAUCAACAACAAAUUCAAAGAACAAUAUUUUUGAAAAUAAAAAUAAAUUUUCAUAGAAAAAACUAAAAAUAUAUAAAAGGGCGAAACGGACCCUCAGAUCUUGAGCUCAAUUUUAACACAAUUUCCAAAAAAUGACUACCGAAAUUCAAGAAACAUUUGGUGAUCAUAUGUCAACGGCUACAAAACAAAAAAUGUCCGAAGAAUUAGCUAAUAAUCAAAGAGCUGUUGAUGAGGGCGGAGGAGAUGGCCCUCAAAACCUGCCUUCAACAAAAACAACUUGUAAUGACGCAGGCGCUCAUGAAAGCUCAAGCAGCAAUGAUAACAAUGAAGAAGAACAACAAACUAAACUAUCUUUUACCAAAGCCAAACCCAUUAUCAAUGGCAAAUGUCAUCAAACAACGGCACAUUCUGAUGCUGAAGAUGGUUUUCUUUCCACUUCACCAGAUAGUGCCAAUGAAGAGUUGCUUAGCAAACCUAGUGAUUCUACCGAAAGCACUAAUAAUGGUCUUACCACAUCUUCAGCACAACCCACUAGUAUUUGCGCCUGUAAUAAUCCCAUGGGUUGUGUUAGUGUUAAGAAUAUUUUGGAAUCUUUUAAGGCUCCUUUAUCGGAAGAACAAGCUUGGGCUUUAAUUUAUCAAACUAUAACUCUAUAUCGUCGUAUAGCAGCUGCUGGUAAACGUCAUAUCUUCAAUGAACUAGAAAUACCCGAAGCUGUGGAUAAUUUAAGUUUACAUCGUGAUGGUACUGUACACUGUUCCUGGUCGGAAGCAGAGCGCAAGAAAAAGGAACAGAAAAUGCGCCAGCAGCAGCAAAGACAACAGCAACAGGAGGAGCAAAGUGGGGGUGAUGACAAUCAUACCCAACACAUUGCCUCUCAUAAAAAGAUUUUACGUAAUGUUGCUGUUAUUGUUUACAAUGCCUUGGAUUAUAAUCUGCACGAAGAUGAACAGUGUCAAAUGUCCCAAGAAUUGGAAGAACUUAUUACCCACAUGACAGAAGAUGAACCAGAUGAUGACUGUAUUGAUGAAGGCAUUGACGAGGGCUACAAGCGUUGGGACGAUGAACAUGAUGAAACCAAAGAAUUUGAUUAUGUGUUAGAGGCCUGCAAAAAUCACAUAAAACCCACUGUACCUGAAGAGCACUAUAAAGCCGUAUGUCGAGCACUUGUAACAGAAACACUGGAGUUGCGAAUAUUUCUACAGCAAGUUUUAAAUCAAGGUGCCGAUAAUCUACAUUUGAAAGUCGAUUCUCAAACAUCACAGCAGGAAUUGGCCAAAUUGGGCUUUAACGAUUGGGCACGUUUUUGGGUCCAAGUCAUCGAUGAGUUAAGACGUGGGGUACGUUUAAAGAAGGCCAACUAUGAAAGGGCUCCCACUGAAUACGAAUUAACACCUUACGAAAUACUCAUGGAGGAUAUACGAUCUAGAAAAUAUCAAUUGCGCAAAGUGAUGGUUAAUGGUGAUAUACCACCGCGAGUUAAAAAGGAUGCUCAUGCUUUAAUCUUAGAGUUUAUACGUUCGCGACCUCCAUUGAAAAAGGCAUCUGAACGUAAACUUCCCCCGCCGAUUAAGCGAACGCCUUCGCCUAGAGAACAGCUAAUGGAUUCAAUACGCCAAGGUCGUACGCUUAAACAUAUACCAUCGCCAACGCUUCCCCGCCUAAAAGAUCGACUGCUUCCUCCUUCGACUGCAACACAACAUCAUCAUCAACAUCAUUCUCAUCAUCUGCGUGAUUCCUAUAAGUUGCAAGAAAAUAUGGAGCCGCCACAACAGCAACAGUCUGCGUCGUCAACCACAACAAAAACGUCAUCACGUUCCAAACAGCGUCUAAUCAAACUUGAUUUGUCAUUGUUGCAGGAUGAGGAUGAUAAUUGUUUCGAUGAGACCUCAUUGGCCUCCACAUCUUCAUCGGUCUCAACGAACCUCGGUGGUGUUGGUGGUGCUGGUGUAGGUGUAUGUUCACAACCUAAAAUGCCUCCAUAUCCAAUUGGUGGCUAUAUGAUGACCGACACCAUGGCCGCUUCAAGAGGACUCAAGUGUAGCAAUAACAACAAUAAUAAUGCGAAUGUAAAUAGCACGUACCAACAGCAACAUCAACAACAACAACAACCCACAACGACACGUGUAACGCGUCGUACAAAGGAUCCCUAUAGCCAGGAUGAAUAUCAUAAAUUCUUUGACAACGCCUUAGAAUCUUAUGAUUUGGCCACACAAUGCGAGUCUAGACGGGUGUCGGCACGACGUCAUACCAUUGUCGGCUGUCAAAGUAAUUUCGAUGAAACACAUUCAAUGCCACCCUCACGACCGGAUUCACGGCAAUCGGAUGUGCAUGAGAAUGUUGGCGGUGAUAAUGUGAGCACAGCCAAACAGCUACACAAUAAUUACAACCAACAGCAAGAACAUCAGCAGCAGCAGCAACAACAACUAAAACGUUCUCAAAGUCCUAAUAAUGAGGAUAUUAACAAGAUGAGCAAUUCUUCGUCCUCACUUGGCCCGUGGAACAAAUCCUUUAUGGAUGAGAAGACCUGGAACGAACGUGGUGAUGAUCGUCUUUCUCUCACGCUGGAAGAGAUUGUACACAUUCGUUCGGUUAUGACAAAAGCCGAACUGGAAGGUCUUCCCGUGGGUAUACGUGUCAAGGAGGAUGUUGAAAAGCGUAAAAUUUGUUUUUUAUGCCUGCGUACAAGGUUCUCGAUAUUUGGUCCCUGGGGUAUACAAUGUAAAAUAUGUCAACGUACCGUAUGUUCCAAAUGUUAUACCAAGAUGCGCAUACCGUCUGAACAUUUUCGCAAUGUUCCACUUGUUUUAAUAUCACCCUCAUUAUUAGCAAGUCCCGCUGGUUCGAGUACACCCUCUCCUUCUCAUCAUGCCCGUUACGUGCACUCUUCAUCGACGGGCAAUAUUUUAGAUGAAACUUUCCCUAAGUCUUUGAUUGAAAGACUAAUGGGUUCAGAGGCGGAGCGUAAGGCUCGGAAUUCGGUGGGCAGUGCACCAUCAUCUCCUAAGCACCAAAGAUCUAAUAUGAGCACUCCCGGUAUUUUGGCCGGUGGUGGUGGUGUUGAUGCUGCUGCAGGUCAAGCAGUUGAGGCUAUACAUGAUACUUCCGCUAUGACAACAUCAUACACGGCUGGUACCACCACCAAUUACCAUCAUCAUCCACAACAACAACUACAACAGCAGCAAUCGUCGGCGAUGAUGGCUAAUGGUGGUUACAGUUGUAAGGAAAAUCAAUAUGCCAACAAUCGACAUUUUAGUAUUAUGUCACGUAGUAUGGAAGGACCACGCAGUUUGCCUGUACAUAGUCCUGCUUCCAGACCACAUUCGAACAGCAGUACAUUGGAUAGAAACACAAAAUUUUCCCGAGCUUAUCACUCUCCUCCUCGGGCACUCAACUGAGUCAGGAUCAAGAAAAAAUGCGCGGCGAAUUGGUGCCCGUUUGCAAUGACUGUCGCGGUCUUGUUAUGGAAAUUUCAAGAUCAGCCAAACAAAAACGUUCGGUCGGCACGCAAUCGAACCCUUAAGAAUCUCACACUUGAUUUAUCGCCUGUAUGGAAAUGAAGAGAGACAGAAAAUACAGCUACUAAGGAAAUGUGUGUUUGUUUAAAGUAGAAGAGAAAUGCUAAGCAAAGCUUAUUAGCAAAAUAUUUAAAGAAAUCAUACUGAGACUAUGGGCGGAAAAAGAAAGAACUUUUAGAAAUUAAUAUAAACUAUUAUUGAGUUUUACUAGAUAAAAGAAAGAUAUGAUGUCCCCUUUACUCCCCCUUAUUAAACAUAAAUAUACAACAGUUUGUGUUAAAGAAAAUCUCUGUGUAGUAUGAUGUAUAAAGUUGUAUGUGUAUGUACGUAAUUAAUUUGUACCUUUAAUUGUGUCUCUAACUCUGUGUGUGUAAAAACAACGUCUAACAGUGUAUGCGUAAUUUGUCUAUAAUUAAAUAUUAGAAUUUAUUGAUCAAUUGAAAACAGAUAAAUAUUAUUGACAAACUUUAUAGAAGCAAAUUACAUAUUUACAAGAAUUUAGAAAGAAAUCCAAACAAAGUCUUCUUCUUAAGAAUUUAUCUCUUGUUUUAAAUGUCUUAUAAGUUCAUAUCAUUUAGAAAGAGAAAAAUUAAAGAAAACAAAUGGAAAAUGUUUUAAUAUGAAGAAUAAGGAAAACCAAAAAAGUUGUUUAAAUUUUAACGCACAUUAUUUGCAAAAACGUUUAGUAAAUAUUUUGAACAAAUUUCUCUGUUGGAUUUAAAUUUAUUUUUGUGUUAAAGCUCUCGUUUUAUUUUAUGUGAAGUUUGAUUUUUCAUUAUUUUGUCUUAAAGGACCUUAAUUUUCACUGUUUUUAUUAUACAAAAAUCUACAUUUGAUUUAUUUCUAUAGUUUUGUUUAUAGUUUUGUUUUAAUUAAGUAUUAAUAAUUGCUAAUUAUAAUUCCUAUUAAGCUAUUAAACUUUAAACAAUACGAUUAUGUUUAUCAUAAGUUCUUUUUUACAUAAAUUUAUAAUUAAAGCAAAAAGGAAAAACAAUGAAUAUUUAUUUUUUCUUAAGAUAUUAAUAUUAAUUAUUAUAAAUAAGCCUUUGAAAACAUAAAAAACGAGACACCAAUUUUUUUUUUUUUAAAUUUAAUUUUACUAAUUUAAGUUUUUCAACACCUACAAUUUGCUAUACAUACAUAAACACUUUAAAGCCCCCAUCCCACCCGCUUUAUUUUAUAAUUAAGCUAUAAGUAUAAAGUAAAAUUUAUAAAUGAUUUAUAACCUUCUUAUAAUAUAUAUAAAUCAUUUAUUAAAUUUAAACCACAAAACCUUAAUAACGUUUAAUUUAAAUAUAAACUAAUAACUACAAUUAAGUAAAAUUUCAUUCCCUUAAGUUAUUUAUAAUGUUCUUAAGUUAUAGUUAAACACCCAUUUCCCAUAAGUUCAUUAAUUUUUAUAUACCACAUCUACACACCUUCAUUUAUUCAUUUAUUUAAAUGUUAAUAUGUUAUUUGCAUUUUAUUAUUAAUUUAAAAAAUUAAUUUUAAUUGCAUUUAUAUUACCACAAAAACCAACAAAACAAAUUUC